AUGAAUUUCAAAGUCAAAUUUACCACCCUAUUCAUCUCCUUAUUAUGGCUCUUUACGACUUCGACCUAUGCCCUUAAUGGAAACAGUUGCAAAGGUUCUAACCUACAACCUGCUAAUGGAACUCAAAAUCCCAACGGUGAAUGUGUUAGCACAGUUAUGGGUGAGCUUCCAUCGAAAAAUAAUAUGAUUUCCACCAUUAUCAAGUCACCAGCAAACGGCCAGACUAUUCAAGCAAAUACACCAUUUACUGUUUCAACAAGAACACAGGGUCUCAAUGCUGGCUUUUUCUCAAAUCCAGCCACACAAUAUUAUGUAAUACCACAAUCACUUGGUGCUAAUGGUCAAAUUAACGGACAUAGUCACGUUACCAUCCAACAACUCAACGGUAAUAAUCCUCCUGAUCCGACAAAAUUUGCAUUUUUCCAGGGAUUGAACAAUGGUACGGUCAACGGAGAUUUAGAUGUUGUGGUUGCAAAUGGUUUACCAGCUGGCCAAUAUAGAAUUUGCACUAUGGUUAGUUCGUUCAGUCAUCAGUGUGUUCUUAUGCCUGUUGCUCAACGUGGUGCUCAAGAUGAUUGUAUCAGGAUUAAUGUUGCUGGCGGUAAUAAUAAUAAUGGAAAAGCUAAUGCCGGAAAAGCGAAUAAUGGAAAUGCUAAUGCCGGAAAAGCUAAUAAUGGAAAUGCUAAUGCCGGAAAAGCGAAUAAUGCCGGAAAAGCUAAUACUGGAGGAAACCAAGGUAAUAAUGGAAAAGCUAAUGCCGGAAAAGCGAAUAAUGCCGGAAAAGCUAAUACUGGAGGAAACCAAGGUAAUAAUGGAAAUGCCGGAAAUCAAGCCAAUAAUGGAAAUGGUGCAAAGGGUGGAAAUCAAGGUCAGAAUGCUAAUGGAGGAAAUCAAGCUCAGGGUGCUAAUGGGGGAAAUCAAGGUAAAGGUGCAAGGAAAGCCAAAGGAAAGAAAUCAGCUCAACCAGGAAAAGGAAAAAAGAGAAUGUUUUAA